AUGGCAAUGGCUUCCACACCAAUCACCACCUCCAACACGCCCUCAGCCGACCAAUCCUUCCUCUCCAGCCAUCUUACCCUUCCAAAGGAGGACACGGAUCGCUACGAGAUCAAGAGCCGGUCACUGCAUCCCACGCCGAACAUGGAAGGUGAGUACAUGAUGCCACGGCCAGGACAUUUGGGUGAUGUACCAGAAGCGCCGCCGUUGGCAGAUGUUAUGGCAGAGGCAGAAUCAGCCGGUUCAAGCGUGCCUGGUGUUCAGACGGCUCUUUCAGGUGCAGGUGGAAACGGAAGAAAAAGCAAUACUGGUAAAGAAAAAGGAGAAGCCCAAGACCGCAAGCCAAGAUUGCGUGUCAAGACUCAUGAUAUCCCGUUACCGUUGUUCCCGACAAAACAGGCCGACCACAACGAAUCUUCGGCGUCGUCACUUGCCAAGUUCCAGGAAUCGUUGGAGCAGACGAUGACAAUGAUGAUGAUGAUGAUGAUGACGCCACAGACACCGCGCGUCGAGGAUCGUCGUAUUAUCCCAGAGAUCCAGAUCAACGGUCAAGCAAUCCGAGAAGUCGAAUCCGAGGCGAAGCAGCAGCAACAGCAGCAGCAGCAGCGGGAGCAGGAGCUGUCGAGCCCGGUUCGAGAAUGGUUGGAGAAGCGCCGUGACAGGACCAGUAGAGCGAGGAAGAAGGGGACCUGGAUCGAGAUGUGGAAGCACAUGUAG